GUGCUGGAACGAUGUACACCACUGUAUGUUUCACCGUUCGAACGGCAGAUAUUCGCGGUAGUAUGUACUCGGAGGCACGUAGCUAACACGUUCCACAGUGGUUCAAGAAGCCGGUCGACAUCGACCUCCCGACCGAAAUCUUCCUCACCUACGAACAAUUCGACGAGCUACGGCGGGCGAGCCAAGUCACCGACGACCUCGGCGACCCAAACCCGACCAAUCCCUUCUCGCGGGGCAAGAUCGGCACGGACCUGCAUCCGGGCGAGCGCGACAGCAAAUACGUGACGACGCGCGCCGGUCUCGGGAAGCUAAUGUACCAGCAGCUGUCAAACGGGCGCAACGUAUUCCUCAGCUUCACGGCGCUCGGCCGGGCCUUCGAUCGGAUCAUCCGGGGCCGCGCGAACCUUGUGUGGGAGGGCGCCCUGCUCUGCACCGUCGGAUUGAUCUAUGGCGGCGUCCAUCUCGCAACCUGGAAUAACUACUUCGUCUCCGCGUUUGAGCGCCACGCGUGGCGCGCUUGCUCCAUCGUCACGGCGGUCGCGGUGCUGGGAUUCGUCCUCGAGCUGUGCAUUGGCGCGCUCAUCAGGUUUAUCGAUCCAGAGACGUCGAUUAAGCCGUUCACUUCGGAGUCGAAGACGCAGCGGCAGCCUCAGCCUUCCACCGGCCGCGAAAAGGUCGCGGGUAACGGUACGCAACAGUCCGCGCGCGAGCCCGUCGAGAAGAACGCCGAAAUAAUCGAGGCGACGACGCCGCACGAGCACGAGCACGACAGCGCGACAACCCCCGCGGCGAAGUCGGAGGCGGCAAGAAACGAUCCGCGGAAACGUGAUACGUGGUCCUGGAGGGCGUAUAGGCUUGUCGUUGCGGUCACGGUGUUUUUUGGGUUCAUCGUUGUCAUGUUCACACGGUGCUUUCUCCUCGUUGAGUCGUUCAUUGCGCUGAGGAAACAGCCUGAUGGAGUUUAUGAUACGAUUAAUUGGGUCCAGACGGUGCCGCAUGUGGCGAAGUAGGAGGGUUGAGCGAGGGGCUGGGCUGGCUUGCAGAUCGGCAGAUGAUCGGGGUUUUGUUUGGUGGAGUCCGUUUCCGUUGGAGGUUUUCUUUCCUGUCCAGGAGUUUUCAAAUCGCAAUGUAACCAGAAGCUGCUGUAAUCCGAUCCUUCUCCACCUCGCAGGUUGAAUUUUGCCGAGUUGGGCUUGUCGCUUCCUCGCGUGUAAGCGCAGUGGGAU